GUACAAUAAAAAACAAAAAUAAAUAUAAUUAGCUUUAAAUGUUUUAAAUUAAUUAAACCGAUCACCACUCUACCGGGCGCUGCAUACGCUAGCUGCGUUUAUACGGACAUAUUCCCUACCGUCUCCCAUCCAAAUCUCUGUUCCCAAACUUGCACCUCUCUCUCAAAAUCGUAGCGUCCAGGGGGGUGGGUUUGAUUUAUUUGCACAAGGUCACAGAGCAACCAAUUCAAGGCGAGGGGGUCGUUAUUUGCAUCUGAAGUGGGGCCAGGGGAGAGUGGGAGAAGGGAGCCGCUGGUUUGAUGGCAGAGCAACUUCGCUUCACGUGUAACCCCUGCAGGGUGCAUGGAAGGGCUGAAUGUCAGGCUCAAGUACAAAAGUUAUUCGCUUUAACGCGGCCGCGCCAGGGGCCCGGACCCCUGCUCCGCGGGGACUCACACUAGGCUUUGCGGGCGCAGGAGAGAGGGGGCAGAGGCCGCUUCGUGGCCAAAGUCUGCGGGAGGAAUCUCUCGGCUUGGCUCCUCCACCCGGAGCCUUUCCCCGAGUUAACUCUUUCUGCUGCGGCGCCCAGGCGCUCCUGUGACUUUAGCAGCCCUGCGGGAACUGGGGCGGGGACCGCACGGUGCCAUUGGCUUCCUCCAUAAACAAGCCCUGAAAGUUUCUCUGCGGUGGACCCCCGUGACAGGCUCUUUAAUCCGAUAAGAAGGUGCCUGUCUUUUCAGACGAGCACAUCCCUUAACUUUCCCCAUGUCCAGACUCACUUCUCCCCACCCAUCCUCGCCUUUUCAUCUAAAGUCCCAGCGUUUCUCUCUAAACUGUGCCUCCUACCCGUUCGAGGUGGGAGCCGUUGUUUUAAUUUAUUUUGUUAAACGUGCACUACAGGAAACCACUUCCCUAACAAAGCUGUCGCGUACAAAUGCUAAGGCACAGCAUGCAGAGAAAAAAAAGAAAACCUGCUGGGGUUUUUAAGCGGGCUACGUUUAUGCUUACCUAUUCAAAACAACGCAGAGGAAGAAAGAGCUCUGCAUUCCCAAAUAUCUUUUAACACAGCUGAUAAAACAUGAAACCCAUGUGAAUCCGAAGGGAAAGGAUCUGGCCAAGCAAGAGUUAAAAGUUUAGCCCCAGCUGACAGUCAGCUGAUUGGUCUCUGAUUGACAGCUUCGAAAAGUUUCCUUGUUUCUAUACUAUUAUGCUAAUGAGGGCUGAGAUUGAAGCAGCCCAUUGGGUCCGGGCUUGGAGUCCAUUUCCCAUUUGAAAGCUGACGUCAGGACUGCUAUAAAACUCAGCAAUGCUUUUAAACUCUACUGCUGGAUGAGACCUUUAAAAUAUUUUUCAUCUUCUUGCUGUAGGGUUGGGGUUCAGUUUUUUUUCUUUUUUACAGAUUCUUUUGGGUUACCGCACCGGCUUCAUUUCUUUUUUUAAAAUUUAUCCUUCAGUCUCUUCCCCCCCCCCUCCUUUCCACCUCCUCCCCGAUGAACCUCUUUUCGAUGUGCACUUUGCAAGAAAAAGACCAGAGGAAAGACACCAUGAAGUGUUAAAAAAUAAUCAUAAAGGCACCUUUUGCAGCGACAAACAGUUGGUGCUGCAGUUUGCAAAAGCUGCACACACACAAAAAAAAAAGAGCGAGAGAAACAACCUUUUAUGCAAAAGGCGAAUAGAAAGAGCCACCCGCUCUGAUGCAUCAUCAAUACUAUAGGCUCUGCAAAGGAUAAUAAAGACAGAGAGAGAGAGAAAACAGUCGGUGCAAAUUGGAGCGAAGGUUGCACGGGGCCGGUGGCGAGAGAGAGAGCGCGCGAAGGAAAAUAUAUAUUGCAAAUAAUCAAGCUGGCUCACCCGGUUGCAACUCAGAGCAGCCCCCUCGCUCCUGGUGCGCACCCUUUCUGGAGGACUGUCAGCAGCAAAAGGAUGGCAUCAGAACUGGCAAUGAGCAACUCCGACCUGCCCACCAGUCCCCUGGCCAUGGAAUAUGUUAAUGACUUCGAUCUGAUGAAGUUUGAAGUGAAAAAGGAGCCGGUGGAGACCGAUCGCAUUAUCAGCCAGUGCGGCCGCUUGAUCGCUGGGGGAUCGCUCUCUUCCACCCCGAUGAGCACGCCCUGCAGCUCGGUGCCCCCUUCCCCGAGCUUCUCGGCGCCCAGCCCGGGCUCUGGCACGGACCAGAAGACCCACUUGGAAGAUUAUUACUGGAUGACCGGCUACCCGCAGCAGCUCAACCCAGAGGCGUUGGGAUUCAGCCCUGAAGACGCGGUGGAAGCCUUGAUCAACAGCAGCCACCACCAGCUCCAGAGCAGCUUCGAUGGCUAUGCUAGAGGGCAGCAGCUGGCCGCCGCGGCGGCCGGCUCGGGGGGCUCCAUGCCCGGGGAAGAGAUGGGCUCCGCCGCCGCCGUGGUGUCCGCAGUGAUCGCGGCGGCCGCGGCUCAGAACGGGGCCCCCCACUACCACCACCACCACCACCCGGCUGGGCACCACCACCACCCGCCGCCGGGCAGCGUGCAGUCCAGCAGCAGUAGCAGCAGCAGCAGCAGCACCGGGGGAGGCGGCGGCGGAGGGGGUUUGCACCACCACCACCACAGCAGCAGCCUGCAUUUCAGCCUGCAUUUCGACGACCGCUUCUCGGAUGAGCAGCUGGUGACCAUGUCGGUGAGGGAGCUGAACAGGCAGCUCCGGGGGGUGAGCAAGGAAGAGGUGAUCCGGCUGAAACAGAAGAGGAGGACCCUCAAAAACAGAGGCUAUGCCCAGUCCUGUCGCUUCAAGAGGGUCCAGCAAAGGCAUGUCCUGGAGUCCGAGAAGAACCAGCUGCUGCAGCAGGUAGAACACCUAAAGCAAGAGAUCUCCAGGCUAGUCCGGGAAAGGGACGCCUACAAGGAAAAAUAUGAGAAGCUGGUCAGCAAUGGCUUCAGAGAAAACGGAUCCAGCAGCGACAACCCUUCCUCUCCAGAGUUUUUCAUGUACCCAAGAGAAUCUUCCACAUCAGUGAUGUGAAAAUCCCUAUUGCCUGAAGUAAAAACAAGGACUUGUUUCCUGUUGCCUCCUCCACCCACACAUAAUUAUUAAAAAGCUGCGCUUGACUGGGAACUUGCCCCUUGCCACACUAUGUUCCUGUCCAGCCCUCAUCUGCAUUGAAGUUAGAAUGUAAGCUGUGACAUCAACAUUUGUUUUCACGGCAACAGACAGUGAUGUCACAAACACUGGAUGAUGACUUCAGUAGAGACAAUAGAAGGCCCGGGUCUUAAACACGUGCAUUUUUUCUAGGGUUAAAUAUAAUGGAAAGGGAAUCCAGGGAAUAAGUAACCAGCUAAAUUUCUGUAUGUGUGACUGAGCUCUAUUUGAGUUUGCACUGGUGUUGAGAAGCUUGUCUCCCUCAUAUGCUGGGACCAAUGUGGCUACAACAACAUGGCAUAUAUAAAUAUCUGUCAUUUAUAUUUAUUUUGUGUCCUUAUUUCAUCACUUUGGGUGAGGAAUAGAAACGACAGAUGCCAUCUGGGUGACUUGUAGUGAAAUAGAAAAGCCUGAAAAGUGAUUGGAGAGACAAGAAAAAAGUUAAAAAUUAAUAUCACGUUAGAAAAAGGAAAGCUGCCUGACAUCUGAUGGAAUUUGCUUUCAAUAUUGAAACUACUUGAAGAUCUCCUUUGGCAUCACAGGAAUUAAAUGACUGGUGAUGAAGAAUAAUCCAGGGAUGGGGGGGAACAAAAACUGAAAGAAGAAAAAAAAAACCUGAACCAACUAGCAGCACACUAUAAGCAGUGAUUCCAAAAGAUUUUAAUAAAGAAAAAAGUUCAUUUUG